ACAGAGAGGAUUGGACCAUUUCUAUUUUCUGUUUGAUCGGGGAGGGGGACAAAUGUGACUCGUGAUUUGUCUAAUGAUCAGACACUCGUCUCCUUAUAUCUCCACAGCAUUCAUCUUUCUCUCCAUGUUGGAUUGUUCGCGGCCGCCGGUCCUGCUCCUGUCCUCUCCACGUCGCCAAUCACUUCACCCUCUCAAGUCUCAUCUCCCUUGCCACCAUGGCUACGCUUCUCUCCCCCCCUGCCCACGCUGCCGUUGCUCAUCUAAUCCUCUCCUCCCAGUCCCAAACCAUAGCCUCCUGCCAAAGCUGCCAUAGUUGAAGUUGCCCACAUGUGCCACUUUGGUCAUCGUCGUCUAGUUGGAUACAUUCGAGGCGACGACACACAUGUGAUAGAGCUCGAAUAGUUACGACUGGGCAUUGGGCUCGCCGGAAGCCAUGGAUAUGGUUCUUCCCGUCGUCACCGAAGAAGCGUAAAUUACAGGACCCCAAACGACCCCAAAACGGUAACACAACGACCAGUUCUAUUAGGUAGCUUAUCAAUUUUCUUUCCACCAGUGCAUGAGUGCGGGAGCAAAGUGCGGUGCGCUUUACAACUGCGUGGCACUAAUAAAACGCGCGCAUACACGGCUUCUCAGUUUCAGACUCCAGACUGAAAAAUUCCCCCGCUGUUUGUGCCUGAGACGCAGCGCGUGCUCACUAGCUAGCGUGUCACUGAGCGCCGGGCCCGUCCUCGUCUCCGCUUCCCGUGCGCCGCGGGAACAAGGUUCUGGAAGCUUCGGAGAUGGGGAGGAGUAGACGCCACGAAGGAGGAGGAGGAGGAGAACGACGGGGUGCGGGUGCUGGAGGGGUGGCCGCCGCCGCCUUCGCCGCUCUGCUGCUGGGCUGCGUCGUCAUGGCCCUCGUCGGCGGCGCCGCCGCGCAGGGCCCCCGGCUCCCCUCCGACUACAAAACCCUCAGCGGCGCCGCUCCGCUCGUGGUGGCCAGAGGCGGGUUCUCAGGAGCGUUCCCGGACUCCAGCGAGGGCGCCUACUCCUUCGGGGCGUCCGCCAGCGCGCCUGGCACGGCCAUGUGGUGCGACGUCCAGCUGACCAAGGACGGCGUCGGGCUCUGCCUCCGCGACGUCAACAUGAAGAACUGCACCACCGUCGACCAGACGUACCCCGGGAGGAAGCGGACCUACGUCAUCGACGGCGUCCACAAGACCGGCUGGUUCGUCCCGGACUUCACCAGCGCCGAGCUUCUUCAGUCCGUGUACCUAACACAAGCAAUCUGGUCUCGCACUGAGAGGAUGGACGGCAUAUACCCUAUCGUCACUGUCCCUGACGUUCAGUCCAUCGUCAACACGUCUCCUAUCUGGCUGAAUGUCCAGCAUCCCAUCUUCUACAAACAACGCGAUCUGGACAUGAGCAGCUACAUACACUCGAUCCGGAAGCUGGUGCGCAUGGACUACAUCUCGUCGCCUGAGAUCGGCUUCCUCAGAAACAUAUCCGCAAGAGUCCGCCGCAGAACCAAGCUCGUGUUCAGCUUUCUCGACAAAAAACUCCUGGAUCACUCCGUGAACCAGACAUACGGUUCGCUGGCGAGGAACCUGACGUUCGUCAGGUCCGUCGCGUCUGGCAUACUGGUCCCGAAGGACUACAUCUGGCCGGUGACGGCCGAUAACUACCUGCUGCCGUCCACGUCGAUCGUCACCGAAGCGCACGAAGCGGGGCUGGAGAUAUACGCCUCUGGUUUUGUGAACGAUAAGGCUGUCCCCUUUAACUACAGCUACGAUCCUCUGGCGGAGUACCUGAACUUCGUCGGCGAUGGUGGCUUCUCGGUUGAUGGCGUACUGUCGGACUACCCUAUUACUGCAUCAGAGGCAAUUGGUUGUUUUGCUAACCUGAAUUCAAGUAAGACUGAUCAUGUUACAGGGAAACCCUUAGUUAUCUCCCACAAUGGCGCUAGUGGAGACUACCCGGACUGUACAGACCUGGCCUACCACAGUGCCGUUGACGAUGGCGCAGAUGUCAUCGACUGUCCUGUUCAAGUGACAAGCGAUGGAGUCCUCAUGUGCAUGAGUUCCAUUAACCUGCUUGACACCACCAAUGUUCAGAGAACACCUUUCGCCACUCCUUCCCUGGUUCCAUCUAUCUUAAUAAAUGUAAUUCUUUCAUCACUGAUCAAUCUAUCUUCUCUACCGCAGAAUGCUGCGUUCAUAGCAAAGUCACUAGGGAUCGACAUGGUUGACUCCGUAACCGCCGCCUUAAGUGCCGCCGGCUUCAGUAACCAGACCACCAAGGAAGUUCUGAUCCGGUCAACAGACAGCGCCGUCCUCGUCAAACUGAAGCAGCAGAAAACGAGAUGCAAGCUCGUGUACACCCUCCCCCUAGGCAUCGGGGACGCUUCCAAACCCUCGCUGAAGGACAUCAAGGCGUUCGCGGAAGCCGUAGUCGUCGACAGGACCUCCGUCUUCGCUCUGAGCUACGAUUUCAUCAUGGGACAGAACAGGAUCGUGCGAGACCUGCAGGCGGCGGGGCUGGCUGUGUACGCGCAGGUGUUCCGGAACGAGUACGUAGCGCACCCGUUUGAUUUCUUGGGGGAUCCGACCGUGGAGAUCAACUACUAUGUUCAGACGUUUAAUCUGUCCGGCAUGAUCACUGAUUUCCCCAAGACAGUCAGAAGAUACAAAGAGAACACCUGUACAGCUCUGGGGAAGGAUAUGCCCAAGUACAUGCGGCCAGUUGAGGCUGGCUCCCUUGCAGAUUUCCUCCGGUCCUUCCAAACCCAGCCGCCGUCUGUGGCACCGAUGCCGGCGCUGAACUCUUCAAGCGUGGAGGAGCCGCCUCUUCCAACUGCUGCGCCGAGAAACGUGCCGCCUGGUGGUGGCGCCCCAGCGGACGCCGCCGGGACUGCUGGCGGCGCUGCUCCUUCUGAUGCGAGUUCCGGCGGCGCUCCUCCUUCUGACGCGCGUCACACGGCUACCGGAAGUAGCGGUAUGCUGCUUGUGGUGCUGGUUUCCGCGGCUCUGCUGAUCUGAUUCUGAGCAGACACAUGAGACUGUAUAGUAGACAGAGCCGAAGCAAAUGCAAAUCUCCGUUGGAUUCGAUCAAGCUUUGACCAGCGAUAUACCAUACACUUGUUUUUCUCGGGUAUAUAUGUUUGUAUUUGGCCGCAUUUUUCACGUCCACAUGUGUAAAAAAUUGUCAGUGGAAACGUUAUAUGUAUCAGCCGGAAAUUUUAUCCGGCGAUGAUCAAAGUUCUGACAAGGAUUAAGCGAUCACCACAAACUCCCAAUAAUAUGGUGUUAUGUAACUGUGAAUGAUUUACUCUUUAUUGUUA